AUGGCCAUAGCCAUGCAGUUAACACUCUCCCUUUGCUCAUUGAUGACUUUUGUGUUUCUUUCCCUGACUCAGAAUCCAAUACUUGUUGAUUCAAAAACCCUGGAAUCAGAUAUCGAAGUUCUCCGUUCCAUCAGGCAGUCAAUCAAUCCCCACACAAUCCCGUCUUCUUCUUUCCUCCACUCCUGGAGUUUCAACAUUGAUCCAUGUGACGCCCCCGGGACACAUUUCCUUGGAAUUCUUUGCAAUAUUCCUGACAAUAAUUCUAGUAGCCGCAUCACGGCAAUCAACCUGGAAGAAGAUGGGCUGGAGGGGUUUCUGCCUCCUAGCCUCGGAAACUUGACAGAACUCACUUUGCUGAACCUGAGAAAGAACAAGUUCCAUGGGAAGAUCCCUGAUUCCAUCGUCAGGAUGACAAAGAUGACCAGGCUUUUGCUUUCAGAGAAUUCCUUAUCUGGGGGCAUCCCUCACGGCUUCAGAGGGCUGAAGAGGCUUGAAGUUAUUGACCUGUCGCACAACAGACUAUCUGGCUCGAUCCCUGCAGCCAUAUCCAACAUACGGAGCUUGAUUCAUUUAAGACUAUCAUAUAAUAAGUUUUCAGGGAGAAUCCCUGACCUGACAGGCCUGUGGCAGCUCAACACAAUGGACUUGAGCAGCAACCAGCUCUUCGGUAAUCUCCCAGAAGUCCCCAACAAUUUAGUAUCGUUGUUGCUAGGUGGUAACUUGCUGUCCGGCCACAUUUCAACUCUGAAUGGGCUCCGGCAUCUCAGGUUAUUAGACUUGACCCAUAACAGGUUCUCAGGGCCAAUAAACCAAGCCAUUUUAGCGUUACCUGAAAUAAGAAACAUUAACAUUUCAGCAAAUCGGUUCACAAGAAUAGAUGUGAUGAGAAUGUCCAACAGGCCUAGCCAGCUGCAUGCGAUUGAGGCACAAAAUAACCAGAUAAGGGGCCGCUUGCCUAUAAAUUUGAUCACAUAUCAGAACCUGAGUCACGUGAAUUUGGGGCACAAUCUCUUCCAUGGUAAAAUCCCAGUGGAGUAUGGGGACAGAGUCAGCAAAGGAUACUGGAGGAGCCUGUUUCUGGAUUACAACAUGCUGCAGGGAAACGUGCCGGCAGGGUUCAUCCACAGCAGCAUUAAAGGCAGCCUUGCGCAUAACUGUCUCAACUGCAGACGGAGCAUACCUAUAUGUCCUGGGAGACAGAGGUCACCUGCCGAGUGCGUUAGAGCCCUGCUGUGA